CGGCCAGUCCUCGGACCAGUGCGGCAGGAAAAGCGCAGUGGAGACUCCGCCGAGAUAGAGGGAGAGAGGAAAACAGUUAGGAAAGAAAAAAGAAGAAAAGAACAUGGACACGAAGAGCCUCCAUAGUUGAUGUGUGAAAGUGUCCUCUAUAGCCGGGUUCUGCUCUGUGUCCUCUGCCGCAGAGCUGCUCCACUAUGUCGGACAACCUGAGGAGGAGAAUUAUUCCAGGGAAUGGAGGAAAUCUUCAGAAAUCCUGCCACUAAACUGCGCUGUGCUUCCAGGGUUUAAAGGAUAGGACUGCCUCAUAAUUAAAGACAGAAAACUGAAGAUGGUGUUCAUGUAACCGAGGAGCGCCUUUUGGAAUCCACCAACUCGUCGUGAGGCAACGCUCAAAGUUUUUUUUUUAAUUUUUUUUUUUUUUUUUUUUUUUCAAGAGAAGGGGGGAAAUUUGCUGCAUUGAAUUCCUCUAGACGGGAUGUCAUCCGCAGUCAGAAGGAAUUCCUCUGGCUGACUGAUCCUCCAGCUGCAGUGGAGCGGGAUCCUCACAGUCCUGCCAUAAGAGAAAAGAUGGGAGAUGCUGCAGAUGACAGAGGGAUGAGACGGACCUUCAUAGUCCCUGCCAUCAAGAGCUUCGAUCACUAUGAUUUCACCAGGGCCAAGAUAUCAUGCAGUCUGACGUGGCUGGUGGCCAAGGCUUUCGGCUCGGAUGCGGUACCAGAGGACCUGGUGGAGCCGUUUUACAGGGAUCAGUACAACCAGGAGCAUCUGAAACCUCCAGUGGCCUGCCUGCUGCAGUCUGCAGAGCUUUACUGCCGAGCAGGAAGCCUGAUCCUCCGCAGUGAUGCUGUCAAACCUUUACUUGGACACAAUGCUGUCAUUCAGGCCCUGGCUCAGAAAGGCCUUUAUGUGACGGACCAGGACCGACUGGUGACUGAGAGGGAUCUGACCAGCACGCCGAUACACAUGAGUUCCCACCUGGCGCUCAUCGACACCCUGAUGAUGGCGUACACCGUGGAGAUGGUGAGCGUAGAACGGGUCAUGUCCUGCAUCAACAGGUACUCGUCUGCUGAACCUUCGCACAGUGACGGUCACAUUCAGGAGCUGCCAUAUGACACCGAAGAUGCAAUCACAACCUGGAUCAACAAGGUGAACGAACACCUGAGGGAUAUCCUUGUGGAGGAGCAGAAGCUGAGAGAGGCUUCCUUUCAGGAGUCCAACACCACGACACAAAAGUCUCCUAGCAAAUGGUACUGGAGAUUAGUACCUGCUCGCUACAGGAAAGAGCAUGCCCAGCAGAGGAACGCUCCAUCUCUCCCCCUGGUGGAGAAUCUGCUGAAGGACAACACAGAUGGCUGCGCCUUGACCGCUCUGCUGCACUUCUACUGCCCACAGGCCGUCAGACUGGAAGAUAUCUGCCUCAAGGAGACCAUGUCCCUGGCUGACAGUCUGUACAACCUCCAGUUGGUGCAGGAGUUCUGCAGGAACAACCUCAACCACUGCUGCCACUUCAGCCUGGAGGACUUGAUCUACGCCCAUGCAUCUGUAAAGAGCAACUACCUGGUGUUUAUGGCCGAGCUUUUCUGGUGGUUUGAAGUGGUUAAACCGUCGUUUGUACAGCCAAGAGUUUUUGACCCGAAUGCCUGUGAACCUGUACCCUGUAGAAAUAUGGCUCCCGUGUCCAGUCCACUUAAACAGAGCUAUGCAGAAAGACCUGACAGUCCUGAGACAGACAUUACUGCUGAGGGUAUAAUGAAGAGAUCUACCUCCAUGUCCUAUGUCGAUGGAUGUGUUGGGACGUGGCCCAAAGAAAAACGCUCCACCUCCCGGGGAAUCUCCUUUGAGAUUCCUCUGGAUGGAGACCCGCUUGUGCCGCCUUGUGAAGCUCCCUCGCUUCGUGGCAUGACCCGAUCGGCCAGCAGUGACGGUCUGGGGUUCAAAGUUCACUAUGCAUCCCGAGGAGGCAUGAAGCGCCACCUGUCCCUGAUGCCCGUCACCGUAAAUGGUCAGAGCAGACACAUUCCAGAAGAGGACGAGGACUUCCCCUCCCAUAAACCUCUGGGCCGAAACAACACAUUCUCAAUCAAGAACCAAAGCAGGUACUCGAAUGGAGUCCUACCAGACAGCAACAGCAGACCCUCCAAUCACCAUAGCAACCACAGUGGACACAUCAGUCCAUCUACGCCUCCGAGCAUUGAGGAGGCUCUCAAGAUUAUCCACGACACAGAAAGGCCCCACGCUAGCUUAGGUGUGGGGGACGGGGACAAUGGCUUCUUUCUCCAUGGCGCUGAACCCUCAGAUCCCUCAGGGGCCCACGGUCAGGAUAACCAGGGUUCAGCUAAAGCCAUGUUGAAUGACCACGACCCCAACUCUGUUUCCACUGAUGAAGUCGACACGGGUAUCCACGUGAGGACAGAAGACAUCCAAAGCUUGGAUGAGGACUCGUCUUCUCUGAGAGACUAUUCAGAUAUGGACCCAGACUGUGAGGCCAUGACCAGGUCCUGCCCGCUGCCUGAACGGACAGAACGGAACAGAAGCAGGGAAGGAGGACGAAAAGACGAUGGCGCUAAUGCUGAUGGUGAAAGGGGAGACGGAGGGGAGAGGAGCAGCCCCUGUCCAAGCUCUGCACCGACCAUCCCCAGAUCUCACACAGUCAGCCCGGUUUCAUCCUCCGGUGGUUCUGGAGGUGGCAUGAUCCGGAUGACGAGCUUUGCAGAGCAGAAGUUCAGGAAGUUAGAGGGAAGGAGCAGCGGUGGAACGACACCUGAGAGUUCAGAUCUUAAUGUACCGUAUACACACCCACCAAAAACUCUGCCUUCUCAGAUCUCUACACCUCCUUUGCCGAUCACAUCUCCCUCUCCAAUCACACCCACCCCUAGAGACCCCUCCCACCUGAUCGCUUCAGAGAUGAUUCAACUGAGGAUGAAGCUGGAAGAGAAACGCAGAGCCAUAGAAGCCCAGAAGAAGAAGGUGGAAGCAGCUUUCACCCGCCAUCGUCAGAAGAUGGGCAGAACAGCCUUCCUCAAUGUAGUGAGAAGAAAAGGAGUUAAUCCUGCCAGUAACCCCAGCUCAGGGGGAGCAGAAACACCAUCCCCAGAGCCACUGCCAUCAUCCAAAGCCACCAGUCAGGGCAGCAUGGAUCGAGUGGAGAGGUGCAAACCUGACGGAGCAGCUCCGAAAUCCCCCUGUGAAGAUGGUGGAGGUGUUGCUCCAGGUGAGAUCGACCUUGCAGAGUAUACGCGCUCCAUUGAGAGGCUGAACACAUCACUGGGUUUCCUGCAGACGGAGAUGCAGCGUUUGGCUCAGCAACAGGAGAAGAUCAUGGCCAUGAGAGAGCAACAGCAACAAGCCUGGGUCAUACCUCCUCCUGCUCCAUCUCCACAUAGGCAGCUCCGUGAGUUGCGCAGCAGCAGUGUAACAGGUCGUGGAUCAGGCCGAGGCUCAGUCGGGUCCUUGUCUCCCAUCUUGUCUUCUUCUGGCUCUCCUCGUGCUCCCAAUAGAUCCCCUGCAGGCAUCAAACGAAGACCAGCCUCCUUCCACGCCAGGACACCUCGGACUCCACGACCAAACGAUCUGAAGGUCACACCCUUCAGCCGAAUGCUCAACACCCCCACCUCAGUGGACAGCCUGCCCAGACUGAGGCGCUUCACUCCCAGCCAAAGCCAGCUCAGCUCUUUUGCCUACCUGGGCCAUGACGAGGGCCCCAGGGAAAGCAAGAACCAGGAGGUUGACAAAGAAAACACUAAAGAGGAGACAGUGGUAAAGAAGAGUGCAGGCACUCCUCAGCCUCAGACUAAAGAAACAGUAGAAGAAAAAGAAAAUAAAACACAAGCAGAGAAGAGAGCAUCAGAGCAGCCUCAGGUAAAGAGGGAUGUGACGCCGCCUUCAGAGGUGUUGUGUCAGCCGGUGUCUGAGAUCCAAGGAGCUGGAGGAGGACGGGUCAAAGGUGAGACUCAGGACAGGAGAGACCUGGUGGAAGUACCUCUGUCUGGGCUAAAAUCUCCAGAUGGAGAAGGAGAGGCAGGAGGAGAGACUUAUGGAGACGACCAAAAAAUGUGCUGUGGAUUCUUUUUCAAGGAUGAUGUGAAAGGGGAAGAAGACAUGGCAGCAAAGAAAGCUGCUCUGUUGGAGAAGAGGCUUAGGAGGGAGAAGGAGACUCAAGAGAAGAAGCAACAGCAGGAACUGGACCAGGAGCAAAAGAGGGAGGCUGCACGGGUAAAAGCAGAAGAGGAGCAGCAGAAGAAGGAUGAGGAGAAGGCGAGGAGGGAAUACAUCAAGAACGAGUAUCUGAGGAGGAAACAGCUGAAACUGAUGGAGGACAUGGAUGAAGUCAUCAAGCCCCGAUCUGGAAGUCUGAAGAAGAAGCCGCGGCCCAAGUCCAUCCACAGGGACAUCAUGGAGUCGUCCACUCCCCCUGUGAGAGCGACAGGAGUUCGUCCUCGAGGGUUUUCAGUGUCUAGUGUGUCUCUGGCUUCUCUCAAUCUGGCCGACAAUGACAGCAACCAUCCAGACAACAGGAGGAUCAACAGAGGCAAUAAAGUAGCCUCUGCUCAUAUUCCGUUCUAUCUAAGUUCUCCCAAAGAAAGAAAGGGAAGGCCAGAUUCCGCAGAAGGUUUUUCCUCCUGCCCUUCGGCUGGGAGUCGCAAUGGAGAGAAGGACUGGGAAAACGACUCCACCACCUCCUCCACUCCCUCCAACACUGAGUACACAGGACCUAAACUAUACAAGGAGCCCAGUGCCAAGUCCAACAAGCACAUCAUCCAGAAUGCUCUGGCCCACUGCUGCCUGGCUGGAAAGGUCAAUGAAGGACAGAAAAACAAAAUACUUGAUGAGAUGGAGAAAUCUGAAGUCAACAACUUCCUGGUGUUGUUCCGUGAUGCGGGAUGCCAGUUCAGGUCGGUGUACACCUACUGCCCUGAGACGGAGGAGAUCAUCAAACUGGCUGGCAUUGGUCCAAAGAGCAUCACAACUAAGAUGAUUGAAAGACUCUACAAAUACAACUCAGACAGGAAGCAGUUCAGCCAGAUUCCAGCCAAAACCAUGUCUGCCAGUGUGGACGCCAUAACGAUUGCUAGCCAUCUGUGGCAGACCAAGAAGCAGGGGACGCCCAAGAAACUGCACCCUAAGUAGUGCCAGAUGACUGGGCGGCAUUAAGACUUAUUUGACUGCCCUUUUCUGGAAGGAAACAGAGGAAUUUAUGGACUUUAUGUUUUCAUAAAGGGACACAUGGACCCAGUGUUAUAAAUCAUAACUGGAAUGUAAAACACAAGAGGGCCUCGCAGACAUUGUGGUUAUUACAGAGCUGACUGCGACAGUCUGUAUUACUUCGAUGAGGCACAAGUGUGUACUUGUCAGCAUGUGUAUCGAUGUUCUCGUGUGCCAAAAAAAGAGAAGAAAAUACUAGGUGGACGAACGUUUCACCGAGUUGAACCACUGAAGCACUGAAUGUCAUGUCUCUGGAAGAGGCAGUUUGGUUUCUAUAAGUCGAUCAUGUGUGGCCUUAUGCUUGUUUUGUGUCAUACGGAUGCGUCGUGAGUGUUUUGUCAGCACCUGUUUAAAUAGCCUGUUGUGAUACAGGAGAAGCUGUGUGCACACACAGGUCUGGGGUCAGAAUACGCCCUCUUGAUUCCAGGUUGUUUAAAAAGAGGCCUGAUCUGAGAUCUGGAAGACGCAGCAUUUUUUGAGGAGAGUUUUGCUGCUAUACAGGCAUGUUUCUUUUUUCCUUUUUUUUUUUGUUUUUUGUUUUGACAUUAAAACUUGUACACGGUUUCAAUUUAUGUUUGUGUGUGGAGUGAAGUGCCAAGAAGAUUGGGGGAAUACCUCAUUCGAUGAUUGCAAUUACUUUCCAAAAGUAUGAUAUAAUGAAAUAACUGAGCUUAUGGAGCACCAUUGAACCAUUCUGGAAAGCACCUGCAAUAGACUAAUUUAUUUCAUUUGAUAAUGCUGAAAUAUUUUAAAAGGUGACUUAGAUUUAUUAAGGUUAACAUACUUUACUUUACAGUGUAUACGUUAAAUUAGUUUGUAUAUAAAGGCAGUUCCAUGCAAAAUGAACAAGUCAGAUUUUAGUAGCUUUUGAGUAGCUUUUAUAAUUUAUCAUGUAUGUACGUGUAUCAGUAUGUUGUCUUUUGAGGCCUUUUAUUGUGCUAAAAAUGCAAAAAGUGUGAUCACUCAACACUAUCACUGAUAAGACUAUCAUCAGUAGUGUCAUAGGCAAAAAUCCACACUGUCAUGAGUCUGUGCAAGCUAAGAGUACUUUACAUCAUCACCAUCGAUCAUGUUGCAGUUUAGAACUAACAAAUACUCAAAAUGUCACUUUAAUGUGGAUAUUGUCUUAACUAUUAGAUCUUGAUUGCGCUCAAACUAGUCUGCAUUGUAAAUAAAUGAACAAUAGCACUUCAAGAUCCUAAUCCACUGUUGUUGAGUGUAAUCAAACAUGUUUUCACUUCAGGACUGUCAUGCUUGUUCCUUUGCUUGGACAUAACUGUUACAUUUUUAAGUAUGUGUUGACACUGUACAGAUAUAUUUUGGCAUAUAGAAAUAUUUUUUGUAUUGACAUUUAUCUGUUGGAGGUGCGUUUUGAUGUACUGAUGAGGCAGUGCAGUUGUUGAACGAAGUGUGCUGAAAGCUAAGUGUAGCCGAGAAUGCAGGGUGUGAUGUCUGACUAAGGCUUUGUUGCGGUAAAGUAUGAAAUCCAGCAAGUAUCCUGAGAAAAUCAUAAUAUUUUCCCAGCUCUGAAUUCAUUUUCUUUUCACUUAACUAAAUAUGCUCAACUGUUCAUGGAUUUAUUUGUUUUUCUAUUCCUUUUAAGCUUUAUUAAAAUGCCAGCUCUCAACUGA